UUCUCAUUUCGCUUCUUCCCUCCACGAAAUUUCGCCUCUGUUUUUUCCAUCCACGAUCUUACGAGAAUUAGCUAUUGUUCUCGUGAUUGUUUUCGAUUCAUUGCCUUCAAAUUCAAUCAGGUUUCUGCACCGUCCUAUGGCGGUUCGUGAUUCUCCAACCAGCUUGUUCUAGUGAACAAUUCUCCCAUCUAUGGCUACUCGAGGCGUCGAUUUCAAGUGGUAUGACGGUUUUUUCUUGUCGAUGCUCGCGACUAGUGUAGUAAUAGUUUCGAUCAGUUGGAAGAGGUAUCAUACUUGUGUACAUCCCCUGCAUAUAUGGAUUGUGGUUGAUUACACUGCCGUCUUUCUUUUUCGCCUGCUGAUGUUUGUAGACAAUGGACUUGCCGCUGGAAUGGGUUUGGACUUUGGGUGGCAGCAGAGAUAUGCUCGAUUUUGUGGAAGAAUUGUGGUCCUUUCAGUCCUAGCGCUUCUGCUAUUUCCAUUUCUUUGGGUUUGGACUGCCAUUGGUACUUUAUGGUUUAAGCGGGCCCAUAAUUGUCUUCCUGAGCAAGGUCAGAAAUGGGGAUUCCUAAUUUGGUUGCUUUUUAGCUACUGUGCCCUCGUAUGCAUUGCUUGCAUGUCAUUGGGAAAGUGGUUAACUCGUAGACAAGCACUCUUGUUUCGGGCACAACAAGGGAUCCCUGUAUCAGAAUAUGGGGUCUUGGUUGACAUGAUCCGAGUACCUGAUUGGGCUUUUGAAGCUGCAGGAAUAGAAACAAGGGUAAUGGGUCAAGAUGCUGCUACCUACCAUCCUCAUCCCGGACUUUACUUGACUCCAGCUCAGAGGGAAGCUGUGGAGGCACUUAUUGAGGAACUUCCCAAAUUCAGGUUAAAGGCUGUUCCAACAGAUUGCAGUGAAUGCCCUAUCUGCUUAGAAGAGUUCCAUGAAGGGAAUGAGGUUCGUGGCCUCCCUUGUGCUCAUAAUUUCCAUGUAGGAUGUAUUGAUGAGUGGCUUCGACUGAAUGUGAAAUGCCCUAGAUGUCGUUGCUCGGUCUUCCCAAACCUUGACCUCAGUGCUCUUUCCAAUCUUCGUUCUGAUACCGAUAGGCCUUCUGCAAGUGUUGUUACAGCCAAUAGUUAUAUGAUAUCUCAUCCUUUGAGCCAAAGUUAUCUAGUGAGACUGCAGGGUCUGCUUCGACCUGUUCGCACAGAAAACACGGGUACACAUGGUGAUUUAGAAUCUGCUAGUGCUGUGGAAGUUACUGAGAAUGGGUCCGCCCAUGACCAAACUAUACCAGAACGGUCUCCCGUAAGACAAAUGCCUUUAAGUCAGUCUACACCACAACUCUAGGUAGUUGGGGCUUUUUUCUCCCUUGCUAUUUUGACUGCUUCUAACUGCUCCUGUAAAAGCUAAAUGAUAAGCGUCCACAUCUUGCCAUUUGCAAAUCGUGGCAACUGUGUAAUAGUAAACCUCGAACAUUUGGUUUUUGUAUCCAAGGAAUCUACUUACGUUCUAGCAAAA